AUGCGCUUCCCAGGCAUUGAUGUUUUCUUUAUCCUGCGAGCGCUGUCUCCGGCCGCCUCAGGCGCAUCAGCUCGUUGGUCUGGCCAGGUGGGCUUCCCUGGUGGCCACGCGGAGCAAGGCGAGGAAGACCACGAGGCCGCUAGUCGCGAGUGUCGCGAGGAGGUAGGCCUCUACCUGGAUCGGCCCGGAGCGUACCGUUUCCUGGGCAGCGUUUCAGAACGGCAAGUCUCACGGGGGCGUCGUGGGACGCUGGUGGUGGCAUGCAGGGUCUACGAACAGUUGAUUCCGCAGACGCCGGCGCAUGUGCAGGCAGCGGAGGUAGCUGCCUGUGGCUGGGUGCCCUUGGAGACACUACUGGGGGACUGCGCGAGGCCCCUUCGCUGGUCUGAUCUGCAUGGGCCAGUGGGUGCACCCUGGGAUGGUUUCCCGUCAGUGGAUUUGCCGGUACGUGAACUGCAUACCUCCAAUCUGGUCGACGAGGCCUUUGCGCGUCGACAUUUUAUCCUUUGGGGCCUGACAUUGGGAAUUGUCAAUGACUGGCUGGUCACCACCGGCCUGCGCCAAGACCCGAUCUCACUGGGUGCGGAGCUAUAUUCACGCAUCUGA